CAGCCUCUUCUAGGAAGCCAGGCACUAGGCCCCACAUUCUCAAGCCACUCUAGUUGGAGAAGCACUGGCUAUUCUACAGGCUUAGGACCAAGCCACUGAACCAUGAGCCAGGACAGCAAAGUGAAGACAACAGAGUCUAGCCCCCCAGCCUCAUCCAAAGCCAGGAAGGGGCUGCCUGUCCUAGACCCAUCUGGGGAUUAUUACUACUGGUGGCUGAACACGAUGGUCUUCCCAGUCAUGUAUAACCUCAUCAUCGUUGUAUGCAGAGCCUGCUUUCCUGACUUGCAGCAUAGUUACCUGGUGGCCUGGUUUGUGCUGGACUACAUCAGUGACCUGCUAUACCUACUAGACAUCGGGGUGCACUUCCACACAGGAUUCCUAGAGCAGGGCAUCCUGGUGGUAGACAAAGGCAUGAUCGCCAGCCGCUACGUCCGCACCUGGAGCUUCCUGCUGGACCUGGCUUCCCUGGUCCCCACAGAUGCAGCCUAUGUGCGGCUGGGUCCCCACGUGCCCACACUCAGGCUAAACCGCUUUCUCCGGGUACCCCGCCUCUUUGAGGCCUUUGACCGCACAGAGACCCGCACAGCUUACCCAAAUGCCUUCCGUAUCGCCAAGCUGAUGCUCUACAUCUUCGUUGUCAUUCAUUGGAACAGCUGCUUAUACUUUGCCCUGUCCAGAUACCUGGGCUUCGGACGGGAUGCAUGGGUAUACCCAGAUCCCGCUCAGCCUGGCUUCGAGCGCUUGCGGCGCCAGUAUCUCUACAGCUUCUAUUUCUCCACUCUGAUCCUGACCACUGUGGGCGACACACCGCUGCCAGCCCGGGAGGAAGAGUACCUCUUCAUGGUGGGUGACUUCCUGCUGGCUGUCAUGGGUUUUGCCACCAUCAUGGGUAGCAUGAGCUCUGUCAUUUACAACAUGAACACUGCAGAUGCAGCCUUCUACCCAGACCACGCUCUGGUAAAGAAGUACAUGAAGCUGCAGCAUGUCAACCGGAGGUUGGAGCGGAGAGUUAUUGACUGGUACCAGCAUCUGCAGAUCAACAAGAAGAUGACCAAUGAGGUAGCCAUCUUGCAGCACUUGCCUGAGCGACUGCGGGCAGAAGUUGCUGUGUCGGUACACCUGUCUACCCUGAGCCGAGUCCAGAUCUUCCAGAACUGUGAAGCCAGCCUGCUGGAAGAGCUGGUGCUGAAGCUACAGCCCCAGACCUAUUCACCAGGAGAAUAUGUAUGCCGCAAAGGGGACAUUGGCCGAGAGAUGUACAUCAUCCGUGAGGGCCAGCUGGCUGUGGUGGCAGAUGACGGUGUCACACAGUAUGCUGUGCUUGGUGCAGGGCUCUACUUUGGGGAGAUCAGUAUCAUCAACAUCAAAGGGAACAUGUCGGGAAACCGACGAACAGCCAACAUCAAAAGCCUAGGUUAUUCGGACCUGUUCUGCCUCAGCAAGGAGGAUCUGCGAGAGGUGCUGAGUGAGUAUCCACAGGCUCAGGCGGUCAUGGAGGAGAAGGGCCGUGAGAUCCUGCUCAAAAUGAAUAAAUUGGAUGUGAAUGCUGAGGCGGCUGAGAUCGCCCUCCAGGAGGCCACAGAGUCUAGGCUAAAAGGCCUCGACCAGCAGCUGGAUGAUCUACAGACAAAGUUUGCUCGCCUACUAGCUGAGCUGGAGUCCAGCGCACUGAAGAUCGCUUACCGCAUCGAAAGACUGGAGUGGCAGACUCGAGAGUGGCCAAAGCCAGAGGACGUAGCUGAGGCUGAUGAUGAGGCUGAGCCUGGGGAAGGAACUUCCAAAGAUGGUGAGGGAAAGGCUGGCCCAAGCAUAGAAUGACAUCAUCCUGACCCCAGGACUCCCAGCUCCAAGUGAAUUCAGAAUGGUAGGAAAGUUUGCCUGCAGAACUGUCAUCCUAUUUGCUAGGCACAGAAACUUAGAUAAACUGGUCUAUAGAAGCCUAGGUAGAGAUGUGGGUUAUAGCAUACAUUUGCCCCAAACUCAUCAGAACAUACGCACCCAGGCACGCAUGCACGCUGGCCCAAAACUGAGUUCCACAUAAAAUGUUUCUGUCUUCUGCACACACGUUCUCAUAAGCAUAACUAUGACUUAACACUCACUUAACCCACAAUCACAGAGAAUGUUGAUUGCACCGGGAGUGUUGGGGUGACCUUGGUACAUUUAAAGGAGGCUUGCUGGUUUAGGACAAGGAGAGUGUUGGCGCUACAGGGAAAGAAGUCAGAUAUAAUGUCUGAACUACAUUCCCUCUAGGUCACCACUUCAGCUGUGUCAGGCCAUGGCCAGAAUUCAGGUCUGAGCUGUGCCAGGUAGUGAUGUAAAACGAACCUGAUGUGUAACUUAGGGAUAUAAGUGAAUGGUGAGUGUCAUUAUCAGGAGAGAUUAAGAGGGCUAUUGCACUUUAAAACAUUUUAAGAUGUGUAAUUAUUUUGUGAUUUAUUAAUAAAAUGUAAGGUUCAUAA